CCUCAAAGGCAGUCGAAGACCUCCUUCCACAAGGACAGUCGAAGACCACCUUCCACAAGGACAGCCGAAGACCUCCUUCCACAAGGGAAGUCGAAGACCUUCCACAAAGGCAGCCGAAGACCUCUUUCCACAAAGGCAGCCAAAGACCACCUUCCACAAGGGAAGUCGAAGACCACCUUCCACAAGGGAAGUCGAAGACCUUCCACAAAGGCAGCCGAAGACCUCCUUCCACAAGGACAGCCGAAGACCUCCUUCCACAAGGGAAGUCGAAGACCUUCCACAAAGGCAGCCGAAGACCUCCUUCCACAAAGGCAGCCAAAGACCACCUUCCACAAAGGCAGCCAAAGACCACCUUCCACAAGGGAAGUCGAAGACCACCUUCCACAAAGGCAGCCGAAGACCACCUUCCACAAGGGAAGUCGAAGACCUUCCACAAAGGCAGCCGAAGACCACCUUCCACAAGGACAGCCGAAGACCACCUUCCACAAGGGAAGUCGAAGACCUUCCACAAAGGCAGUCGAAGACCACCUUCCACAAAGGCAGCCGAAGACCACCUUCCACAAAGGCAGCCGAAGACCACCUUCCACAAAGGCAGCCGAAGACCUCCUUCCACAAGGGAAGUCGAAGACCUUCCACAAAGGCAGCCGAAGACCUCCUUCCACAAAGGCAGGCGAAGACCUCCUUCCACAAAGGCAGCCAAAGACCACCUUCCACAAAGGCAGCCAAAGACCACCUUCCACAAAGGCAGCCAAAGACCACCUUCCACAAAGGCAGUCGAAGACCUUCCACAAAGGCAGCCGAAGACCUCCUUCCACAAAGGCAGGCGAAGACCUCCUUCCACAAAGGCAGGCGAAGACCUCCUUCCACAAAGGCAGCCGAAGACCACCUUCCACAAGGAAAGUCGAAGACCUUCCACAAAGGCAGCCGAAGACCACCUUCCACAAGGGAAGUCGAAGACCUUCCACAAAGGCAGCCGAAGACCUCCUUCCACAAAGGCAGGCGAAGACCUCCUUCCACAAGGACAGCCGAAGACCACCAUCCACAAGGGAAGUCGAAGACCUUCCACAAAGGCAGCCAAAGACCACCUUCCACAAAGGCAGCCAAAGACCUCCUUCCACAAGGGAAAUCGAAGACCACCAUCCACAAGGGAAGUCGAAGACCUUCCACAAAGGCAGCCGAAGACCACCUUCCACAAGGGAAGUCGAAGACCUUCCACAAAGGCAGCCGAAGACCACCUUCCUCAAGGGAAGUCGAAGACCUUCCACAAAGGCAGUCGAAGACCACCUUCCACAAGGACAGCCGAAGACCACCUUCCACAAGGGAAGUCGAAGACCUUCCACAAAGGCAGCCAAAGACCACCUUCCACAAAGGCAGCCGAAGACCACCUUCCACAAAGGCAGCCGAAGACCACCUUCCACAAAGGCAGCCGAAGACCACCUUCCACAAAGGCAGUCGAAGACCACCUUCCACAAAGGCAGCCGAAGCCCUCCUUCCACAAAGGCAGCCGAAGACCACCUUCCACAAGGGGCCCAGUCCGUCCGUAACGGCGGCUCCUGCACUUCGCUAA